GAUUCUAACCGGUGAUUCAUGUGAACCAAGUUGUGAACCGUCGUGUUGAACCGUUGUUUGCCUGAUGUUCACAUGGUAAAAUGAGUAAAAUUGCACCAAGCUGCUAUAAUCUAAAUGAAGAAGACCUUUGGAUUGAGCUGUCACAGUACCUUGAUCUACCACCCGCUCUUCAGGAAUCUUCUGACAGCCCUCUCAGCAAGCAUGGCCGGCAGCACACGGGUGCUCUCGCCGUGCUCCGCAGAGCACUCGAGGAUGGCCCACCUGCUGCGGCUGCUGCUGCCAGUGCUGCAUGUGAUCCGGCCACGCUGCGGAGUCUGCUGACCGCCGCCCUGCGGCGGGCUGCUCCGGUGCGUGCUGCCCUCAUCCUGCCUCUGUGGCCGGUCGGGGACAGUGACGGGCCGGAGACGGCGGCGCUGCGCCGGCCGCCGCCCGGCGCUGCCGGUCUCUGCGCGGCGGCAGUGUCCGAGUCGGCCUGUGACCGGCUGGCCGAGUGGGGGCGGGCGGCACUGACCGCCGGCCGCUGCCGGCCCUCUCUGGAGACGGCGCUCCUCUGCGGCCAACCGGCGGACGGCGACACCCUCCUCCGACUCCUGGACUGCUGUGUGACGGACCUGCCCCGCUGGUUCGGCGAUGGGUUACCGCUGCGGCCGCUGCUGCCGCUGGCUGCUUCACGCGCCUGGAGCGCCGGCCGGGUCGCAAAUUCCCAAUAAUGCUACACGCUACGCACCUCCAGCGCUGAGUGGCUGGUUGUCGCGGGAGAUGACGUCAUAGCCUGACGCCACGCUCAUUGGCGUGCGGGUUAUGUGACGUCGCAUCUAUCAGCCAAGCAAUAGUUAGACGAGGUGGGGUCUAUUCGCUAGUCCAGAUACAGGUUAAGGAAACUUACGAGAACAAUAUACGAGUCUAUGCACGAACCACACGCGGACCAUGGAUAAUUACCUUGUUAGUUAUCCAAGCGCGGACCUAAGGGGCGAAUUCAAGGGGCUAUUGCUGGCGUUUGUUGGGUGCGCUGACUCAAUCCAUCGUCUGUAUGAAGAUAGGCCCCUCUUGCACGGAGACUCAUCCCGAAUUCGCAGUUUCCUUGGACGAAUAUGUCUAUAAUCUUGGUAACGUAUUUAGAUUGAGAUUGAUAUUGAUGGUCUGCGGAGUGCGGAGUGCGGACCAUUUAGAAUCACUUGAAAACGAUUUUGACUUGUGUCUCCGUACAAGAGGGGCCUAUCUUCCUCCAGACGAUAGAGCGAGUCGGUGCGCUGGGUGUUGAAUUUGACCGUGAUGGUGUUAGACCUGUUAGACUGUAAUUCGUGUUGGAUUUGUGGGUAGUGUUGUUUCUGCA